AUGGCUGCGCAUCGCUGCGCGCUGCUGGGCGCGCUGGUCCUGGCGCUGGGCGCGCUGUCGCAGCCGGCCCGCGCGGCCGCCCCGGCGCGGGGGGCGACCCAGGCACGGGCGCCGCAGGGGCGAGUGACCGAGGCGCGGCCGAGCAGCAUGGUGGUGGAACACCCCGAGUUCCUCAAGGCGGGGAAGGAGCCCGGCCUGCAGAUCUGGCGUGUGGAGAAGUUCGACCUGGUUCCCGUGCCCCCCAACCUUUACGGAGACUUCUUCACAGGCGAUGCCUAUGUCAUCCUGAAGACGGUGCAGCUGAGGAAUGGGAACCUGCAGUAUGACCUCCACUACUGGCUGGGCAAUGAGUGCAGCCAGGACGAGAGCGGGGCAGCCGCCAUCUUCACCGUGCAGCUGGACGACCACCUGAACGGCCGGGCGGUGCAGCACCGCGAGGUCCAGGGCUUCGAGUCGGCCACCUUCCUCGGCUACUUCAAGUCUGGCCUCAAGUACAAGAAAGGAGGCGUGGCAUCAGGAUUCAAGCACGUGGUCCCCAACGAAGUGGUGGUGCAAAGACUCUUCCAGGUCAAAGGGCGGCGUGUGGUCCGUGCCACGGAGGUGCCUGUGUCCUGGGAGAGCUUCAACAAUGGCGACUGCUUCAUCCUGGACCUGGGCAACGACAUUUACCAAUGGUGUGGUUCCAGCAGCAACCGCUUUGAGAGGCUGAAGGCCACACAGGUGUCCAAGGGCAUCCGGGACAACGAGCGGAGCGGCCGGGCCCGCGUGCACGUUUCCGAGGAGGGCGCCGAGCCUGAGGCCAUGCUCGAGGUGCUGGGCCCCAAGCCAGCUCUGCCCGCAGGGACUGAGGACACAGCCAAGGAGGACGCGGCCAACCGCAAGCUGGCCAAGCUGUACAAGGUCUCCAAUGGUGCAGGCACUAUGUCGGUCUCCCUUGUGGCUGAUGAGAACCCCUUCGCCCAGGGGGCCUUGAGGUCAGAGGACUGCUUCAUCCUGGACCAUGGCAAAGACGGGAAGAUCUUUGUCUGGAAAGGCAGGCAGGCCAACACUGAGGAGAGGAAGGCCGCCCUCAAAACAGCCUCCGACUUCAUCUCCAAGAUGGACUACCCCAGGCAGACCCAGGUCUCUGUCCUUCCCGAGGGCGGCGAGACCCCGCUGUUCAAACAGUUCUUCAAGAACUGGCGGGACCCAGACCAGACGGAAGGCCUGGGCCUGAGCUAUCUCUCCAGCCACAUUGCCAACGUGGAGCGCGUGCCCUUCGACGCGGCCACCCUGCACACCUCCACUGCCAUGGCGGCCCAGCACGGCAUGGAUGAUGAUGGCAGAGGGCAGAAGCAGAUCUGGAGAAUUGAAGGUUCCAACAAAGUGCCCGUGGACCCCGCCACGUACGGACAGUUCUACGGCGGUGACAGCUACAUCAUCCUGUACAACUACCGCCACGGCGGCCGCCAGGGACAGAUCAUCUACACCUGGCAGGGCGCCCAGUCCACCCAGGAUGAGGUUGCCGCCUCGGCCAUCCUGACGGCUCAGCUGGACGAGGAGCUGGGAGGGACUCCCGUGCAGAGCCGUGUGGUCCAAGGCAAGGAGCCCGCUCACCUCAUGAGCCUGUUCGGCGGGAAACCCAUGAUCAUCUACAGGGGCGGCACCUCCCGCGAGGGUGGGCAGACGGCCCCUGCCAGCACCCGCCUCUUCCAGGUCCGGGCCAGCAGCUCCGGAGCCACCCGGGCCGUGGAGGUGAUGCCCAAGGCUGGAGCACUGAAUUCCAACGAUGCCUUUGUCCUGAAAACCCCCUCGGCCGCCUACCUGUGGGUGGGUGCGGGAGCCAGCGAGGCAGAGAAGACCGGGGCGCUGGAGCUGCUCAGGGUGCUUCGGGCCCAACCCGUGCAGGUGGCAGAAGGCAGCGAGCCAGAUAGCUUCUGGGAGGCCCUGGGUGGGAAGGCCGCCUACCGCACGUCCCCACGGCUGAAGGACAAGAAGAUGGAUGCCCACCCUCCUCGCCUCUUCGCCUGCUCCAACAAGAUCGGACGUUUUGUGAUCGAAGAGGUCCCCGGCGAGCUCAUGCAGGAAGACUUGGCCACCGAUGACGUCAUGCUUCUGGACACCUGGGACCAGGUCUUUGUCUGGGUUGGUAAGGAUUCUCAAGAAGAAGAGAAGACAGAAGCCUUGACCUCUGCUAAGCGCUACAUCGAGACGGACCCAGCUAAUCGCGACAGGCGGACCCCCAUCACCGUGGUGAAGCAGGGCUUCGAGCCCCCCUCGUUCGUGGGCUGGUUCCUCGGCUGGGAUGACAACUACUGGUCCGUGGAUCCCUUGGACAGGGCCCUCGCUGAGCUGGCUGCCUGAGGAAGGCAGGUCCCACCCCAUUGCCGGCCAGUGCCUUUCAGAACUGUCCGCCCUUCAAGGAGACCUUGCAGUGAGCAGGGUCAACCUGGUGUGUGCGCGCGCGUGGUUGGUAUUUUCUUUUUCCUUCUUUUUUUUUUUUUUUUUUUUUACUGUAGCCAAAAACAGUCCUGCAAAAAUUCAGGGUCCUUGCAGAAUUGUCUCAAGUGUCUGUGCUUUUUGAAAUUGAAUUCAAUAAAAAGCUUUUUGAAGUGUGUAA